UCCAAAUGACAUCAUGAAUGAUAUGAAUGAUGACUUUGGAGUAACUAUGGGAUACACAAAAGCAUGGAGAUCAAGAGAGAAAGCUUUGCGUCUAGUAAGAGGGAACCCCGAUGAUUCAUAUCAGAAGUUGCCAAUAUAUCUUUACAUGUUGAAAAAAGCAAAUCCAGGAACAAUAACACACCUACUCACAGACAAGGAAGAUAGAUUCAAAUACCUAUACAUAGCUUUCUCUAACUCAAUCAAGGGUUGGAGAUACUUGAGGCCUAUAAUUGUUGUUGAUGGAACUUUUUUGAAAAAUGCACAUGGUGGUACCCUGUUUUCAGCAUCAACGUUAGAUUCAAACAACAACAUUUUCGUGUUGGCUUUUGGAAUAGCAGACUCCGAAAAUGAUAACUCAUGGCUAUGGUUCUUCUCCAAACUGCGAGAAACCUAUGGAGAACCCGAAGGAUUGGCUAUAGUUUCUGACAGACAUAAGAGCAUAGACAAUGCAGUACAUAUGGUGUACCCAAAUGCUUUCCAUGGAGCUUGCAUGUUUCACUUACUCAAUAAUUUGAAAGGCAAGUAUGGGAGCCAUGGAGAAGAACUACAAAUGAAAUUCAUUGCAGCAGCAAAAGCAUACACACAGACAGAAUGUGAAAACUACAUGAAAGGCCUUGAUAGAAUUGAUAGACGCAUUAGGCCCUAUUUAGAAAAAGCCAAGUAUGAAACUUGGGCAAGAUCAUACUCGCCAACAAAAAGAUACACCAUGAUGACAUCCAACAUCGCAGAAUCACUCAACGCUGCACUAAAAGCUGCAAGAAAUCUCCCCAUUGAUAUCUUGGUUGAAUGCCUUAGAAGUUUGGUUCAAAAGUGGGUUUGGAACAACUCAAAUAAUGCAAAUGGAACAUUCACAAAAGUCUCUACAGCAACAGAAAAUGAAUUGAGACAUGACAUUGUUUCAAAAAUGAAGUAUGAGGUCUUGCCUUUCAACACAAUAGAAUACCAAGUUCGUGAUCAAAAGGGGAUAAAUUUCACAGUAAAUAUACAUAAUAGAACAUGCACUUGCAAUAGGUUCCAAGAAGAUGAAAUACCUUGUGGCCAUGCAGUAGCUGUCAUUGCAAAAAGAAACUUGAGUGUCUAUGAUUAUUGUGCAAAAUUCUACAGAACAGAAACGUUGAAAGCAUUGUAUCAAGAAAAUGUUCAUCCUUUGCCCCAUAAAGAUGAAUGGAAUCUCCCACAACACUUGGACAUACUAGUGCUGCCUCCAAAUUCAACAAUCCCUGCAGGAAGACCAAGAAAGAAACGAAUAAGAUCAAGAGGGGAAAAUAACGUAAUAAUCACCUGUGGGAAAUGUGCACAACCAGGACAUAACAGGAAGACUUGCAGGAAUCCUCCAUUUCAGAAGCCAAAUAAACAGAAAAAGCCAAAGACAUAGAUUCACAUUCUACAGAAAAACAAACCUUUC